AUGAAACUUUAUAUAGUGUUUUUGAUAAUUUGUGUAGUUGUUUCACAAUAAGAAAAUACUGAAUUGUCUUAAGCAGAUUAAACACUUUUGGAUAGUUUGUUUAAGGAUAAAUUUGGAAUGAAUGUUUUGAAUGAUAUACAAACUGAAUAUAAAAAAGAUUCUGGUAAUAUUGUAUUGUGUAUUUUGAGAAAGAAAGGGAUAAUUGGGUAGAAUUGAAAGUUUAUUGAACACUAUUGAGAGAUAAAUUGCAUAAGAUGAGCAGGACGAUCUAGAAUAAUUAUCUUAAGAAUAAGAACUAUGUAUUAAAAAAACGAAUUAUAUAUAUUAGACAAUUAAUAAUUGGAAAGUUUAAAAGAGAAAAUAGCUGAAGCCUAAUAUGAUUAUAGCAGUAUUGGAGCAACAAUAAGAUUAUUGGAAGAUGAAUCAAAUAGAUUUGAUACUCAAAUAAAUGAGAAAGAAAAUAUAGUGAAUGAAUAUGAAUCUACACUCACUUAAUUAGAGGAGAUCAGAUAACAUGAAGUAUAGAUGAUUAAGAAAUAAUUUUAGAAUGCAUAUUUUGAAAUAACAAGAGAUGAUUCUUUUGCUAUUUGUAGUCUUAUUAAGAGAGCAAGAUAUUUGAUUAGAGAAUUAUUACCUAGAAGUCCAAGAAAUGUUGCAUUUGUUCAAUAAUAUACUUAUGAAGACAAUUCUCAUUAAUUUGCUAGUUCUGAUGUCUUAUAAUAAAUGAAAGAUCUUUAAAUAGAAGCACAAGAGACACUUUAAAAUAAUGAACCAUUUUUGAAGAUCAUAAGUUUUUAAUAUCAAUUAAUUAAAAGAUGAAUUUGUAAGUGUAUCUACUCAAACAGAAGCUGUUGUUGAUACUGUUAGAGCAAAUGCUAUCAUUAAUUUACUAUAAUAAUUAUAUGAUUAAGUAGAUAGCACUAACAGAAUCUAAUUAACUGCUGAGGAUGAUAGAGAAAAUCUCCAUUAAAGAGUGAAGGAUCACAUAAAUGAAGAAUUAGAUUAUUUAAACUUAUAAGUUAGAAAAUAUUUAAUCAUAUAUUAUAGCUCUCUAUCUUAUAUGAUGAAUAAGAUGGUGUUGAAGCCCAUAUUAUUGCAGCCUAAAUGGAUUAAAAAGAUGGAGAGCAAAGAUUAGCCAAUUUGAAAUAGUCAUACUAAGAUUUAUAAAAAUGCAAAGAAGAUUCUAAAGUAUUUAAGAUGUAAUAUGAUUCGAGGUCAAUUAUGGAGUUAGAUCAAAAGAGAGAAAAGAACAAUUGAAGUUAUUGAGAAAGGUUAGGGAAGUUUUAUUGAAUGAAUUCGAUGCUGUUAGAUGUUACAUUGAGGAUAUUCUUAGUAGAAGUUUAAGUUAAGAAUGAUAUUGUUAUGAUUAAUCUAUAUAUUAUAAAAGAGCCA